AUGAACUGGCGCUCACUAGUUGCAUUGAAAGGACUGAAUGCUUUCCGUUCAGGUAUCGACAUCAAAGAUGUUUCGCUCGUGUUAAACUACGAUAUGGCUAAAUCGAUAGAGGAUUAUACUCAUCGAAUUGGUCGAACAGAAAUCGAACCACCUGACGUCAUCGGUGAAGAUCCCAAAAUUAUGAUCCGUUGCGAAUCGACCAUCGCUCCAAAUAUCUUAGAGUAUUGUGCUGUUGAUACCCGCGAAAUGAUUGAGUUUACCUACGAAUUUAACUCAACAGCAAGCUGGCUCCGAUAG